AGGAGGAGGAGGAGAAGGAGGAGGACGAAGGAGUCGGCUGCCCGGGACCCAGCCCAGCUGCAACUGCAGCGGCAGCGCCAGCAGCCCCGGCGCUAGCGCGUGGAGGGCAGGAGAAGGGCCGAGGGGCCCUACUAUGCGCUGCCCCCGCCCCUCUGGUCGCCGGCUCAAGUCCCGCGUCGGCGGAGAUUCGGGGUAGAGACCUCGCGCGGCGGCGGCCGCUAUGAUUGUCUGGGCGGCCCUAGGCCUCCUCUGCCUGCAGCUGGCUUUGGGGCAGAGCAUACCUGAGCCAGGCCCUGCCACACACUCUCCGGCUGCCCAGGGUGACCUCCUCUUCUUGCUGGACAGCUCAGCCAGCGUCUCCUACUACGAAUUCUCUCGGGUGAAGGAGUUUGUGGGGCAGUUAGUGCAGUCACUGCCCUUGGGCUCAGAGGCUGUGCAAACCAGCAUGGUACUUGUGGGCAGUAAGCCCACGGUCGAGUUCCCCUUUGACCAGCACCGCUCAGGAGCUGCCGCCCAGGAGGCCGUCCGGGCCGCCAAACAGCUGAUGGGGGAUACCAACACCGGGCUGGCCCUGGAUCUGGCCAAAGAGCAGCUGCUCACCGGCAAGGCGGGCGCUCGGCCCGGCGUGCGCAAGGUGCUGGUGUGGGUGACCGACGGCGGCUCGAGCGACGAGGCGCAGGCCCCCAUGCAGGCGCUCAAGGACAUGGGGGUGACCGUCUUCAUCGUCAGCACUGGCCGAGGCAACUUCCUGGACCUCUCUGCUGCCGCCUCCCAGCCCCCCGAGAAGCACCUGCGCUUUGUGGACGUGGAUGAUUUGCAAAUUAUCGUCCCUGAGCUGCGGGGCUCCAUCCUUGAGGCAAUGCGGCCCCAAGAACUUCAUGCUGCCGAGGUGACAUCUCAUAGCUUCCGCCUGGUAUGGCCACCCCUGCUGUCUGGUGACUCUGGCUACUACCUGUUGGAGGUGGCCCCCAGCGCUGACCCUGGCGCCAAGCAGAGCCGCCACUUGCUUGGGAAUGAGACCAGCUGGUUCUGGGAUGGCCUGAAACCCAGUACCACCUACAAGGUGGUCUUGGUGCCGGAGUCCAACCUACACUACCUGGCCCCACAGACUAUUCAAGUCACUACCCUGGAAGAAGAGAUCAGCCCAUCCCGGAUCCUCAUCUCCCACUCAAAGCCUCAGAGCUUUCACGUGAGCUGGGCCCCGACUCCUGCGAGCGUGCUCCGGUACGAGGUCCUGUACGGACCCCUGCCUGGGGGUGAAGCCCGACUCCUCGAGGUGCCCGCCACCGAGAACAGCACCACGCUGGACAACCUGUCUCCCAACACCACCUACCUGGUCACCGUGGCUGCCAUCUAUCGCUCUGGCCGAGAGAAAGCUCUGUCGGCUAAGGCUUGUACGCGAGAAGUGGCCUCCAAGAUUGGGCGCCUCUACUUCCAGAGCCUGGGCCCUAGCACCGUGAGGGCCUCAUGGGACUCAGCAGAGGGCGACGUCCAGGGUUACCGGGUACGGUGCCGACGGCAGGUGGGGCCCCCGUCCCUUCUCAGCGUCUCGCCACAGACCCAUAGCGUCAUCCUCACGGACCUGGCCGCCGGCACCACCAACCACGUGUGUGUGACGCCCAUCUACCAGAAUCACACGGGGCCUCGCAGUUGCCAGACGGUCCGCAUGCACCCUGUCACACCGGCUCCUGAGUAUCGACCCACUUAGCCAUAUCCCAAGAUGCCCUUACUCCCAAAUAACAGGAGAGCUGAGCCUUUCCAUCAGAAACAGCCCAGAGGGGAAAGCACUGGGCUAAGGAGAUUGGGGAGAGAAGACGGAAUCUCUGUGGCUAGUCGGUCCCUCUGAGCCCCAUCAGUCCUUUCCCAUCCCUUGCAGGGUGCCUACAUGCAGCAGGUCAGCAGUCAGCUUGGGUCCAAUCGGGUGGUCCGUGAGGACUUGGGUCCAAAGCCUGAGGUGCUGAUGGCUCGGCUGUGGGCCGUAGGCUCACGUUCUUCUCUCUUGUACUAACACACAUGUUGUUGAUGACCUGCCAAAAUGAAGAGUUGAGGAGGUGGGAAGGUAUUAGCUGAGACCUUGCCUCUAUUUUCCUGGGCCCGGUUUCCCUAGAAGAUGGUGGGGUUGGAUGGGGAUCGUGACUCAAGUCUUGGUCAGGGAAGCCGAGCAGGGGUGGCCGUGGAUAUAGAAUGUAGGCAGGUGAGAGAAACUGGCCUGAUCUCUGCCCUCUCAAAUUUGCUCCCUCCUAAUCCUAAAGGAUUCCCUCCAACAUGAGAUUUCCCCCUAAUUAGGUCUCCAUCCGUUCAUUUUUUUGCCAUGUGGCAGAGCCUUUUCUUAAUGCAGAUUUCCUCCCUGCCUCUGAGAAGGGGUCUCCAGGAGGUCCCUAACACACAAGGAUGUAAGAAUUGCAUCAGAUCUUUCUCCAAGGUGAGGAACAUCCAAGGCGAGGGCUAGGAGGGAUCCAUGUUUGAGCAGAAAAUACUUUAUUUUUAAAUUAAAAAAAAAAACCAGUUCUUCUCUGGGUUGCUGCCUGGUCGGCUGGUUCUUAGGCGACAGACAGAUUCUGUCAGUGGGUCUGUACUUGACCUGAGCUCCAAACCACAGCCCAAAGCCACCUCUGUGCCAAGCGAGGUGGACAAAUUCUAUUCAAGUCAACCAAUGUUAAGUAUCUGUCACGUGCCGGACACUAGGGGUACGAGAUGAAAAGUGGAUGUGGCCUUGUCCUCAAAGAGCAUAUAUUUACUAGAGUCAUUGGAAGGGUCUAUUGGUGGAGCAAACUCCUCAGAAUCUAAAGCCACUUUGUUCGCGUGCCCCAGGGUGGGGGCAAUGGGAAAGGGCUCUAUUUUCAGUGAAAUGCCCUGUCCCACCCUCCAAGGGGUUCUGGUUUCUCUUGUACUCUGCUACCCCUUUUUAAUAUUAGUUCCUCUCUGUGGUCCAGUGGGGAUGGCCCUGGGAUGCUUCUAACUCCCAAGAUCAUGCUGGGUAGGGCUCCAAAGGGAGUCCUGAGGUCAUAUCCUAGUCAGUGGAUGUACCGUUCACCUACUGAUUGUUGCACGGGCUAUCCCAAACUAACUGAAUGCUUUGUUUUUCCCUUGUUUUCCCAUUAAUGUAACAGACUUUAAAAUAUAAUAAAUUAAGCCUACACAUGGA